GCUGAGGCAUGUAAGAUGUUUUGGUUGGAUGGGAAGUGGAUUGGAUAGAUAAUGAUCCUUAUGGUAUAAACACAAACUAACUAGUACCGAAAACCAAUGAACUCAGUAAAUUGAGAAAGCCACCAGCUGAGUGCAGACUCAUGUUGUUUUGACACCCGUAUUCGUAUUCGUAUUUCGUAGAGAUUUGUGCAAUCAGAAUCUUGUGUAAGAUUUGUGGAGGCCAAAGUAAAUCAUUUUGUUGAAAACUUUCCAUGACAUAAAGUCUAGGUUACGUCUUAUUACAUUAGAAUGCCAUUAUAACAUUAUUGAUGGAUGGAUUGACAGAAGCCCUAGUACACAGACCGAUAUUGGGAGGUGAUACUCGUCCCAAAAGACGAGGUCAUCGAUUCUUCAGUGCUACAUACCUACCCCAUCAUAGAACGAUGAAUAUAUUUUUUAAACGCAGAUUUGUCAGAAGGAUAUGCCUCGGGACCUUCAUAUUCGCUCUUCUGUGUUUCUUUUUCAUCUUUGUAGUAGUGCCUUUAAUAUUUCGCUAUUCCUACGACAUGCAACGUGGCUUGUUGUUCCUUAAUUUUGUUAAAGUACAUAACGCGGACUAUAACAAACCCACUAGUGCGGGACUUAUCGGAGCUCGGAGCCUCAAUAUCACAACUAAAGAUGGAGUCAGACUAGGAGUGUGGCACACACUGCCAGUGAAGCACCAGUUAGAAGCGUUGGCUGCCACCUGGCUCACAGACCGGGCGGCACGAGACCAACGGUACGAUAGCUGGAUGGAGACUGGUGUCACAGUAGUGUACUGUCACGGCAAUGCCGGUGACCGCACCUCCGAUCACCGCAUCAAGCUGUACCAGAUACUCAACCAGUUGAACUAUCAUGUCAUCGCCUUCGACUACAGAGGAUACGCAGACUCUGACAAUCUGCCGAUAGACGAGCAGGCCGUAGUGGAGGACACCCGUGCUAUACUGACCUGGGUCCGAGAACGUGUCACAAAGGGCAAUAUUUUUGUCUGGGGUCAUUCGCUGGGCACUGCGAUUGCUGCACACACUUUGGCAGUGCUGGAGGGCGAAGGCAAGAAAGUAGCAGGAGUUGUAUUGGAGGCUCCGUUCAACAAUCUUAGCGAGGAGAUUCGGGAGUAUCCGAUAUCCCAGCUUUUCACAAUAUUACCAUGGUUCGACUUCUGUUUUGUGGAGCCUGUGUACGAGAACAACCUGAGGUUCGAGAGUGAUGUGAACCUACGAAAUGUGUCUGUACCUCUGCUCUUCCUGCAUGCAGAGGACGACAGAGUAGUCCCAUUCAAACUGGGUCGCAAGUUGCACGAGUCAGUGUUGAGACAUCGCAAAGAGAACAACACUGUUGAUUUUAUCAGAUUCGAGCGCAAGCUGGGCUAUGGCCACAAAUUCAUCUAUAGGGAUAGGCACCUUCCCAUGAUAGUCAGAAAAUUCGUGGAGAAGAGCCUACAGAAGAGCUAAACUAACUUCUAGCUAGGUCAAUGUGAAGGUGUAUGGACUAUUGUAAUUUAUUGUAUAAUAACAUUCAAAUAUGUGUACAGUACUCUCUAGCGGUAAAUAACCAUGAUAGAAUCUGUCUUUCACUUGUUUCUCAGUAUUUUUUACACUACUUGAUGUAUUAAAUUUAUGUUAGUGAAAAUUUAA